UCCCCAAAUUUUUGAAUCAAACAAACCUGAGGUCCCAAGAACCCUAUGCCUUCACAAACCCUAACGUCGAUUCAGAUCGUUUGUUCGCACUUCAAUCUCCAAGUGAUAAGUACACUCUUCUCUCCCCAUUCACUCGCAUUGGCUUUUGCUAGUUGAAGUCUUUCAUUGUUGUCAAAUUCAGAUCAGUUCCUCCUUUUCACUCUUUAGCUGGAGAGUGUGUCGUUUUGGGGAACCAGGAACGGGGAUGGCUUAGAAGAAAUGUAUGUGAAAACGGCUUGUUGUUUCACCCCUAGCCUGCGGAAAAUGCUUUAUUGUGUUUCGGAUAUCAAUUUAAAGUUCACAGUUAUGCGAAUAGCCAGUGCAUUAGUGAAUGGCAGCGCUCUUCAUUUCCACUUACCUAGAUUUCUAUAUGUGCGUCAUCAUUCAUCAAUCAAGUUGUUUGUCACAGGGCUUUCCUAUGAUACCAAUGAACCGGUUCUGAGAGAUGCCUUUGGGCAACAUGGUGAAAUCAUUGAAGUUAAAGUAAUAUGUGAUCAUGUGACUGGAAAAUCAAGAGGAUAUGGAUUUGUGCGGUUCCUUUCUGAAACUAUAGCUGCUGCAACUCACAAAGAAAUGAAUGGCCAGAUACUGGAUGGAAGAUGCAUUCGAGUGAGUUAUGCACACAAAGAUUUGGGGAACCUAUCUCUCUCCGCGGCUCUCAAACUCUCUCACUGCUCCUCCGAUGAUGCCCUUGACGCUCCUGUCAAAACCCUAACCAAUGGCUUCGGUUCCAAACCUGCCUUCGAACCUCGGGUUUUGAAGCGCACCCGUGGCUCCCUGGAUCGGGUCAAGAAGCCCCCCACCGCCGACAAGGCCUUCCAAGAUUGCCUCAAAGAUCCUUUUCUAGUUGGCGCUCCCAAGAUGGUAUUUUUUUUAACAAUCUUUAAAUUACUGAUUAAUGGAUUCGGCAUGUAAUUAACUGUUUUUGUUUUAACUGAUAAUGGGUUUCAUUUAAUUUUUUGUUAUGUGUCUGGGUUGAGGGUGAAUGUUGUUUUUGCUGCCAUUUUAUUUACCCUGGGGAUGAUGAGCUCUUGUGUUCUGUUCGAGGAUGUGACGCGCGCUACCAUUCUGAAUGUGCAAAAGAAGAAGCUGUUGGGCCUUCCACUCUGAAAAAAUUCAAGUGUCAACAACAUGUAGGCUUUUAGUGACAUGACCCUCACUUCCUUAAUGCACUGAUUUGCCUUUGCACAUGAAUUUACAUGUAUUGGCUCCUACUUUAUACACAAUCUUAAGAAGCACUUUUAUUAACAUGUAUUGCCUAAGUCUCUACUUCUCUUUGUUCUCUGUUCUGUCCUUUCUGAUUUACGAUUAGUAGUUCUCUGAUAGGGUUUGGGGUUUGGGGUUAGGGGUUUGCUUCAGUUGAGACUUCUAUUCUCAAAAAAUAAUCCAAAUCACCUAGAUCCUUUAGGGAAAAACAACAUUCAGUUUGGAGAUAAGGGACUGAAUGAGACUGGAACUGCUUCCAAUUAUCAUGAUGUCAUCCACAUAGACUAGGACAUAAACAACAGAUUUUUUACUCAGAAUAGACAAAAAGAGAAGGAUCACACUUGCUGGAGGAAAAUAUAAACUGUAGGAGAGUAGGUUUUAGUUUAUCAAACCAAGCUUUGGGAGCUUGUUUUAAGCCAUAAAUGGCUUUGUGCAGUCAACCCACAAGCUGCUUGUUGGGGGAUUCAAAGGCUGAGUCAUAUAGACUUCCUCUUGAAGGGUUCCAUUGAGGAAAUCAUUCUUCACAUCCAGCUAUUGUUGAGCCACUUAUAUGUGACAGCAAGUGAGAGAAUUAACCUGACAGUGACAGGUUUAAUGACAGGGGGGGAAGUUUCAUUGUAGUCAUACCCUAGCUGUUGAUGGAAACCCUUGGCAACAAGCCUGUCUAUAUAUUUAUUGACUGUCCCAUCAGGAUUUUCCUUAAUCCUGAAGACCCAUUUGCAGCCAAUAGCUUUUCUUGAAGGUGGCAAGUCAACUAGAGUCCAAGUGCCAUUUCUGAGUAAAGCAUCAUAUUCACAGUAAGCCAUGUGGGAUUGUUCAGGGCAGAUUAUGUGGUUUUGGGCUCAAGAUGAGUGAGAAGUAAUAUAGGGUUGAGUCUUGGCUUAACAAUCCCAGAUUUAGCACGAGUACACAUGGAGUGUACACUGUCAGGUCCAACAAGGGAAGGCUGUAAUGGGGGUCGGAUUGAAUAGUAUCAAUGACUGAUGAAGUUUCACUGAGAUUGGUAUGGAUGGUUCAGGUUCAUUAGCUGGUAAAGAUGGUGAAGCAUAUUGACUGUCAAAAUGUGUUGGAAGUGGUGUUAGAAGAGGUGUUGGGAUAGUAGAAUCAUGAAUAGUAUUAGUGGUUGGAGGAUGUAAAGUAGGUUGUAAGGGUGUUAGGAGAGUAAGAGUUGAGGUUAUGUUAGGUGGUUCUGAGGUGAGUAAUGAGGGAUUGGGAAAAAGAGUUUUGUAGGGAAAACUGGACUCGUUAAAAGUUACAUCUUUGGAGAUGUAUAUUUGACCAUCAGCAGCAAAGCACUUGUAGCCUUUGUGAGAGGUAGAGUAGCCCAAAAAGAUGCAUUACUGAGACCUAUACUGCAUAUUGUGCUUGUUGUAAGGUCUGAGCAGAGGAAAGCAAGAGCAGCCAAACACCUUGAGGAAACUGUAUCAGGUAAUUUCUGAAAUAAGCUUCGGUAGAGAACUUCAUUGUUGAUGGAAGAGGAGGGAAAUCAGUUGAUAAGAUAAACACUUGAAGUGAAGGCAUGGUCCCAAUAGUGAAGAGGCAUAUUAGCUUGAGAGAGUAAGGUAAGACCAAGCUCCACUAUAUGCCAAUGCUUUCUUUCAACUACACCAUUGUGGUGAUGGGUGUCGGGCUUAUCAAUCUGUGUAAAAUUCCUAGAUCAUUGAGAAACUUGGUGAAGGGUCUGAACUCUCCACUCCAAUCUGAAUUGACAGCUUUAAUGGGAAGAUUAGACUGAGUUUGAAUAUAGCUUUGAACUUGUUUAAAAAUCUCCGAUGUUUCUGAUUUACUUUUAAGUAUCCCUAAGUAAACCUACCAUGAGCAUCAACAAAUGUAAUGUAAUACUUAAAACCUUAGGGAGGAGGAACAUGUGCAGGACCCCACAAAUCAGUAAAUAUGAGUUCAUAGGGUUUUGAAUUGACAGAUUUAGAUCAAGAAGGUGGAAGUCUAUGAAACUUACAACCACAGCAAUGAUUGCAAAAAUCAGAAACAUUUUUAUUGAUUGGUGGAAUAUUACAGUUUUUAAAGACAAUUUUCAUAGCAUCCAUACUAGGGUGACCUAGUCUAGAAUGCCAAGUUGAAAAGGAAAUUGAAUUACAAGCUGUAUUUACAAUAGGAACAACAGAAGCACUUGUAUUAACAGAAACAGAUUGAGGAGUCUGAGGCACCAAAGAUUGUAAAGUUGGAAAUUGGUAAAGACCAUCCUGUCCCACCAACCCUUGAAGAAGUAUUUCCUUAGUGUCCUGUGAUUUAACAAGACAAAAAGAAAAAUGAAAUUCAAAGAAAACAUCAUUGUCUUUGCAAAUUUGACUCACUAAUUAGAGUUUUAGUAAUUGAGGGAACAAACAGCAGAUUAUUUAAGACGAGACAAAUUAGGUUUUAAAACAGAGGGAAAGGUAGAGACACCUGAAUUGAUGUUAAGUCCCUGACCAUUACCAAUAGUAAUUUGGUCAGGACCCUCAAAAGGAGUUAACUGAUGAAUGUUGAGACAUAUUGGUGACAUGGUGAGAUGCACUAGAGUCAAUAUACCAGCUCUGUGAGGGAGAUUGAGCAGUGCUGGUGAGAUAAGCCUGAGGAGUAGCCUAACAUGUAGAACACGAAGGCAAAGGGUUGGGUGAAGUGUAAGGAAGCUGAGUUUGGUAUAAUUGAAGAUAGGCAAACUGUGGUGGGAACCUGUAUGAUGGAGUCCAGAAUGGUGCGCACCACUGAGCUGGUGCUUGAGUUGUGGUAGAGGCAACAAGAGAGCCCAUCAGAGUAGUUAUACUCUAAUAUUCCCACUCUUUUAUUUGUUCUCAAUGAUUCUCGUAGUGUCCAGGUCAAGGAUCAUUGCAGACUGCUAACAAGGCUGGUCCAGAGUGGAAAUAUUGUCAGUCCUUGGAAGAAAAUAACAGGAGCACUUUUUUUUUGUGAUUCAUGUGGAAGAAUUUAGCUAAUGUUAUGACAAAACUAGUCAAGUAACUGUGUUAAAUUCUUGUAUAUCCUCUCCAUUAAUAGGUUUAGUUUUGACUUAGUUGGAUACUAAAUAAAAUAACUAUGAAUUCAAAUAAGGAAUCGGCUUUCUAAUUAGUCUGUUAUUAGCUUUUGUUCUUGGUGUAUUAAUAUAGCUCAAUAGCUCAUUAAAGAAAUUAAAUUCAUUAAUAUAAAUUAUUAAGAAGUGUAGUUUCUAUAAAGCAUUAAAUACUACUUGCAUAUCCUCUCCAUUAAUAGGUCUAGUUUUGAUGAAGUUGGAUACUAAAUUAAAUAACUAUGAAUUCAAAUCAGGAAUUUUUUUCAUCUGAUUAAUGCUGGAUCAUUUUAAGUGAAAAUCUAUUUUAUUUAAUAUUGAAACCCCUUCCAAUUCCAUUGUGAUUUUUAUUAAAUAAAACUUGUGGUUCUCAGAAUAAUUUCAUGCAGACUUCACCAAUCCCUCUGUAUGCAUCAGUUGGUUAAACAUUUGUACUGUUGUUAGUCUUUCUGAAAUUAUAUAAACUAGUGUCUUCCAUUUUAUUGAGCAUUAAAUUUUGUAUUUGGUUUUACUUUGGCCUGAAAUUAUUUUAUAUUAUUUCAGAUUAGAGAUAUCUGCACAAAAAAUGCUGUCGUAUCCCAUCUAUUGGAGUAUAUUGACUACUCUGAUAAAAGUUGGAAUGGGUGUGCUAAGCAUUGGGAGAUGAUAAGGCAAGAUGGAUCAUGGAUGAGGCAAUGCUCGUUGAGCUGGAGUGGCUAAAGAAGAGGAGGGGAUGUUGUUGCUGUUAAGGUGUGGGAAUUUGUUGGAGGGUUGGUGUGAGGAGUGUGUAGACUGUGUAGUGUUUAGUGGAGUCUAUGAUGGGGAUACAAAAUUAGGUCAAGGGGUGAGAAAGAGGUUAGGAUAGGGAAUUCAAUGCUUAUUAAAGAUGACAUCUUUGGCCACAAAUUAUGCCCUAAGUCAUGAACUUGUAUGUCUAUGAUGCUGAAUAUCCCAAGAAACUACAUCUCUUUAGAGUAAUAGGACCGUUUCUUAGGGUUAUAAAGUUUGAGGAAAGGAAAACAAGCACAACUGAAAAUUGAGAGAUUUGAAACACAGCGUUCAAUUGAACUAUAUAGUAUAGGGAUUAUUAAAAUUUAAAGCAGCGCUGGGAAACAAUUUAUGAUCCCAAAAUUUAAAGGGCAAGCCUGUUUAUAUGCUUGUGUUUGUGCUCUGCUAAGCCAUUCUGGUGGUGUCACUGAUUUGUGUGAGGGUGAGUCUGAAUGAUUCCUGAAUCACCCAGUAAGAGCCUUGGAAAAAGGUCUGAACUCUAAUCCUGGUUUGUCUGGAUAUGCAAUGGUGGGGAGACAAGAAGGGUUGACAAUUCUCUGCCAAUAUUAAAAAGUGGUACAUAUCACGUGGUACAUUGUUGCUGCAAAA